UAAAGGAUACAAUUUAAGAACGAAGUAUCAAACGUCAGUAAAUUAAUGUCAAAUUUAAAUCUGUCAAGUUGCGCGCCAAACUGCCAAACAGAUGUUUUAGUUGUUUUUUGUUUAUAUAGAUAAAAUUAUGAAUGAAAUAUAAUACACACAGUGAAGAUGACUUGGAAUAAGUUAUUAUGCAACAUUCGGGAGCUACAAUUGGUGGGUACUUUGUCUGGAGGUCAAAGUUUUAGGUGGAAACAAAACAUAGAUAGCAACGAAUGGAUCGGCGUGUUCUCAAAAACUGUUUGGAAAUUACGGGAAAGUGAUGACCACCUACAGUACCAAGUCUUAGGCUCUUUACACAAUACAAAAAAAGAACAGAUAAAAAAUAAUAAAAAGAGCAAAAAGGAUGUAGACUUUGAUAAACUCCUUGAAGACUAUUUUAGGCUGGAUACGAAUUUAGGACAAUAUUAUAAGGAAUGGUCAGAAAAGGAUGCUUUGUUUGAGAAGGCCUGCCAACAGUUCUAUGGGAUCAGAAUGCUGCGACAAGAGCCAGUGGAGAAUUUAUUCUCAUUUAUUUGUAGUCAAAACAAUCACAUAUCAAGAAUAUCGACAAUGGUAGAAAAGUUAUGUAGUCAUUAUGGAGAGAAAAUUUGUGAAUAUGAAGGUGACACAUACUAUGCUUUUCCGGAGGUUGAGAAACUAGCAUUGCCAGAGGUGGAAUCAGAGCUCCGUAACUUAGGUUUUGGCUACAGAGCCAAGUUCAUCCAGAAGUCAGCUGCCCAGAUAGUAGAGUGGGGUGGUGUAGAAUGGUUCAAAUCUUUACAAGACAUGAAGUAUAAGGAUGCUAAGGUGGAACUUAUGAAACUACAUGGUAUUGGACCUAAGGUAGCUGACUGCAUAUGCCUGAUGUCCUUAAACCACCUGGAAGCCUUGCCCGUAGACACUCAUGUAUAUCAAAUCGCCGCACAGAACUACCUCCCGCAUUUGAAAGGGAAGAAAAGUGUCACAGAAAAAAUGUACACAGAAAUCGGAGACCAUUUCAGAAGUUUGUAUGGAGAUAUGGCGGGAUGGGCACAUACUGUCCUAUUUUGCGCAGACUUAAAGAAAUUCCAACAGACGGACGACGACAGUGCUACAUCAAAACCUAAAAAGAAAAGGAAGAAAUUGUGAUAUUAUAAAG